UGGACGAUACAAGUGAUUCAGCUGAAAGGAACAGACCUAAAGCAUAUGGUGCACGUGGUAUCAUAACCUCCAAUUGAGUGCGUUACCAUUUGAAGCACGCUACUCGAAACAGUUACGGAAAGUUUUAUAAUUUCUCAACACGGGAUACAAUUUUAAGCGGUAAAAAUGUUGCGAAGACAAGCACGAUUACGUCGAGAAUAUCUGUACAGAAAAUCCGUGCAAGAGAAGGUGAAAGGUAUCCAAGAGAAAAAGGAUAAAUUGAGGCAGUGUUUGGACGAAAAUGUACCGAUCCAUUCGGAUCUGAGAUCAAGCGCGUUGCAUGUGCAGAGGAAGAUCGAAUGGGAGGACGCCGGUCCGCAAAUGGCAAUAGCCAUGGGUACGGAGAUGGGCGGUGGUGCCGUGGCAAACCACGAGGACGACGAGUAUCGCUGGGCCGGCGUGGAGGACCCGAAGAUUGUCGUCACGACGUCCCGUGACCCGAGCUCUCGGCUGAAGAUGUUCGUCAAAGAGCUGCGUCUGAUAUUCCCAAACUCGCAGCGGAUGAAUCGCGGUAACUACGAGAUGAAACAGCUGAUCCACGCUUGUCGUGCCAACGAUGUCACAGACUUCAUCAUCGUGCACGAACACCGAGGUGUACCUGACGCUCUGGUGAUAUGCCACCUGCCGUACGGACCGACAGCCUACUUCACCUUAUCCGGAGUCAUAAUGCGACACGACAUACCUGAAAUUGGCACAAUGUCAGAGCAAUAUCCCCACUUAAUCUUCCAUAAUUUUAAGACAAAACUAGGAGAGAGAGUAAUGAGCAUAUUGAAGUAUCUGUUUCCUGUACCAAAGGAAGAUAGCAAGAGGGUGAUUAGUUUUGCUAAUCACGACGACUACAUAUGUUUCCGACACCAUACAUAUAAGAAGACUCAUGGAAAGAACAUCGAAUUGACAGAGGUUGGACCACGCUUUCAAAUGAAGUUGUAUGAGAUCAAAUUAGGAACUCUGGACACUGAAUCAGCUGCUGAUACAGAAUGGGCCUUGAGACCUUACAUGAAUACAAGUCACAAAAGAAGAUUUUUAUCAGAUGAAGAUGGUUGGCAAGAAGACAAUAUGUAAUUUAAUACUGAUCUAUGUUUAUAUCUCUGUAUAUAUCAUUUCAUUUUUAUAAAUUUCAUAAAAUCAUA